AUGAAACUUGAGCAAUUGUUACUGAAAAACGAGGAGACACAACAGCGUACUGUCAUUUCGAUUGUGGGGAUGGGCGGUUCCAGAAAGAUGACUCUUGGAAAGAAAAUCUACAAAACUGCAAAGACAAGUUUUGAUUGCCAUGCAUGGAUUUAUGUGUCUCAAUCAUUCGAAAAGAAGGAUAUCUUGAAGCGCAUGCUUGAAGGAUUUUAUGAGAGUAGGAAGGAGGCGGCUACAAAUCAUGGGAAGACAAUGGAUGAGACAAACAUAGGAGAGAUGAUCAACGACUACUUGCAAGGAAAAAGGUACGCUCUAUUCCUUGAUGAUAUAUGUGAUACUAGUGUUUGGGAUGAUGUGAAAUAUGCUUUGCCUCAUGACGGUGGAAGCAAGAUCAUCUUCACGACUCGCAGUGAAAAUACAGCCCGUCCUCACUUGGUCGAAGUGGGAAAUGCCAUGGUCAAAAGAUGCAAAGGGUUACCACUCGCCAUUGUGGUAAUUGGUGGCCUCAUGUCAAAGAAGAGCACUGAUCUAGCUGAAUGGAAUGAUGUUCUUGAAAAUCUUGAUUGGGAACUGAAAGAUAAUGAAGAUCUUGCAAGAUUAAAUCGAGUCCUGUUAACGAGUUACAAUUAUUUACCUUUUCACCUCAAAUAUUGUUUCUUGUAUUGUGGUCUGUUUCCCGAGGAUCAUGUGAUUAAGAGAAAGAAGCUGAUUCGCGUGUGGGUGGCCGAGGGCUUCAUUGAGGAACAUCCACGGAAGACACCUAAAGAAGUUUCAAGUAAAAUUACUUUGCUCAGCUCAGCUCAGCUCAUUGAUAGGAACCUGCUCCAACCUGUCAUUGAUGAGACUACGGGGGAGUUGAUAGCGUGA